CUUCAGGUGUGGGACCAGGAUGAACAUGAGAAUUGGCAUCUCACGGCAAACUGGAAGGCACACAGUGGAUCAGUCUGGAAGGUGACAUGGGCCCAUCCUGAAUUUGGACAAGUUCUCGCUACAUGUUCUUUUGAUCGCACUGCUGCAGUAUGGGAAGAAAUUGUUGGUGAAGGUUCAGGGCCUGGUGAACGUGGAAUGAGACACUGGAUUCGGAGAACAAACCUGGUGGACUCUAGAACUUCUGUUACUGACAUAAAGUUUGCUCCAAAAUCUUUGGGACUUCUUCUGGCUACCUGCUCAGCUGAUGGAGUUGUACGAAUUUAUGAAGCCCCUGAUGUUAUGAAUCUUAGUCAGUGGACACUUCAGCAUGAGGUGUCGUGUAAACUUCCAAGCAGCUGCCUUAGCUGGAACCCUUCUUUCUCUAG